AUGGGUGCAGCUGCUCCGGCUUUGAUCGCAGCCAGUACCAACGGGCUCGCAGUCGGCGUCUCAACGUCCUCCAAUCGAGGAAAGUCACCCGCCGUCUCGAGGAGGUCAAGUGCCGCUACACUGGCGCCGAUUGGCGACAAGGCUGGAAUCCGACAAGCAGGCAUAAGGCGGGCGGAAGCUCUUCGGGAACUCGACCCGCGUAGUCAAGGCAUCAUCUUUGCUCUCGUAUGCGCAUGGGGAGCUGUCCUGUGUCUCGACAGGCUCACCACUUACAGCUAUCAGACCAUUGCGACCAACUCCUUCGCCGCUCACAGCAGCUUGUCUUUCCUGAACGUCGUGCGAGCUCUAGUCGCAGCCAUCGCAGGUCCACCUUUUGCACUUGUUGCCGACAGUCUGGGGCGCGCGAAUGCCUUUACUCUUGGCCUCGCCUUUUACGCAUCUGGGCAUGCGCUACUUGCCGCUAGUCACAACACUGCUGCGUACGCCGGAGGAGUGACGCUCUUCGAGAUUGGAGCAAAUGGGCUCGUUGUGCUUCAGUGGACUCUCUUGGCGGACAUGACAUCGAGCAAGAAUCGUCUGCUCUUCGUCAUUCUCCCUCAGAUGCCGUUUCUCAUCUUCUCUUUCAUCAGUGCCAACAUCUAUGCUGCAGUUCUGCCUCAUUGGCGUUGGGGCGUUGGCAUGUUUGCCAUACUUGGGCCAGCAACUCUGGUUCCACUCAUCGCCAUGCUCUACACUGCUGAAGCGUCUGUCGCCACGCCCUCUCUGCCAGCGCCGCCUCGCGCACGCCAACGACCAAUGAGCCGAGUGAACGAGCUGCUUCAAGUUGUGGACCUGCCAGGACUCGUGCUACUGUGCGCAGCCUUGUCGCUCCUGCUCAUCCCGCUGACACUCGCAGCCAGUACGCCAGGUCGAUGGGCUUCUGCGGAUAUCAUCGCUGAACUCUGUUCGGGGGCAGCGCUUGUUGUGGCGUUCGCGGCGUGGGAGCUCAAGGGGGCACGCUUCCCUCUGCUGCCCCGUGCGCUCUUGAUGAAUCGCACUGCUUGGGCUGGAGCUCUGACGCUUGCCAGCUUCUGGAUCAGCAACACAGUCCUCACCGCGUAUCUGCCCACAUACCUCUACGUCGUUCAGGAUACAAGCAAUCGAGCGCAGCAAAACAUCUCGACGCUUUACUCCUUCACUGUCGCUCUGGCAUCGUUACCGGUAGCUCUGACGGUACGAUACGCCGGCAGACUCAAGCCCUUUGCCGUUAUCGGCAUCGUUCUCUUCACCGUCGGGUUGGGAAUGAUGGUCGGAUUCAACGGCAAUAGUGGCACCCGAUUUCACAUCAUCGCUGCGCAGAUCAUCAUUGGCUUGGGCGGUGCAUUCACAGUGGCUGUGGUGCAAAGCUUAAUUCAGGUCAGCGUGCCGCACGCGCUAUGCGGACAAAGCAUUGCGGUACUCAACAUCUGCAUCAAUCUGGGCGUCGCGGUUGGAUCAGCGCUCGCAGGUGCGAUGUGGACAGGGCUUUUGCCGGGCUACCUGGCACAGGAGCUCAGACCGAUCAGCGGUCUCUCCAUGCUCAGCGCCAUCUUCUCAGAACCUUUGACUUGGAUCACCGAACACGCUGUCAGUACCUCGGAGCGCACAGCCGUCGUCGCCGCCUACGUCAGGGUGUUCCGGUACAUGAUGGUAGCUGCGACCUCCAACUGCGCCCUCGCAUUCGCGGCGGCUUGCUUGCUGGGGAAUCCGAAGCUGGGCAACACGCUCAGCACGGUGGAAGGAGAGGAUGGAAGUGCACGUUCGGUGAGGGGCGAGUCUGCGACAAGCACAGACGCCAAGAGUAUCAACUUGCUGGGGGAUGCGUGGCUCGCUCGUCUGGAUCGAGUCUUUAUGCGCGCCAGCUCCAGACCGGGCGAGAAGAAGAAACGCGGCACGCCCGAUCCUAGCGAAGACUCUGCCGCUGCCCAAGCUAGAUUCUCCAAAGAUGCGUUGUACUCCAAAGCUGCUUCAGCCAGCCCUCCAGGACCGGAGGUGCACGUCGAGCCGCCGCCGGAAGACAACGAUGCUCGGCCUGCUCGGCAGCUUUGA